CAGGUUCUUAGAAAUCAGACGGGAAGACAAAAUAUUUUGAACUGAGAAGUAGCAAGCAUUUCCAGAAUUUAAUCUCCUCCUAACUUCCUCAUGUUUAGUAUUUUUAGGAAUCAAAAAGAUGAAAUAUUCUUAACUGAAUGGUAGCAAGAUUUUAAUCUGCUUCUUAAUUUCUUUGUGAACAAAAUUUAGAUUUGUUACUCUCAUUCCAUAUAUUUGCACUCUGCCCAGAUUUUUAAAUAAUUUAUAAGCUGUUUUUAUCCUAUGCUCAGUGACUAUACCUAAAAAGUUGAAAAUCUUGCAAGCAGUGCAUCAUGCUGAGUGUAUAUUCAGUUUUGUAUUUAUAUGAUUCUGUUAACAUAAUCAGAGAAGAAUGCAGGUGAAGUAUGUUUAUUCCUGAACAAUUAAGAUUAAGUCAUGAUUGUUUGGAAAAAAAUCAUUUACGAAGGUGCCUGUUAAUUAUGUACUUUUAAAAUUUUGUUUUACUGGAAGUAUACCUAUGUAGAAAUGCUAGUAAUUAGCAAGCUAUUAUUUGUACUAUACAAUGUGAGACAGAUGACAAUUAUCCAGAAAACUAACUCUGGUUUCUCUUGCUUUUUGCUGGUCUUUGAAUCAAGUAAAGUUGAGAACCACUGAGCCUGGUGACUAUAUAGCUCAUUCAUAUCUCUUCUUGUAAUAAAUAUGCACAUGAUGCUGACCACUCAUCUUUGUAUAGUGCUAAGAUUAUGAAUGCAUGGAACCUUACAUCUACUGUUCUGUGUGUUCAUAGUGUGGUGGAUUUGUUUAUUUAUGGUUUGGGGGCAUGGGUGUAUGAAUGUGAAAGAAAAUAAGUAUUCAGAAUUCCCAUUUUUAUUGGUUAAGAAUAUAGAUGUGUAUUGUUUCAUUGUGGUAAUAGGUUUGUUAAAAUUCUUAUACCUCUAGCAUGAAUGAUUUGUCUUGCUUUAUCAUGUGAUGGCAUUGACCUUUCCCCAGCAUUUGAAUAGGAGCCAAGCCAAGGUCAGUAAGAUAAGAUAUGUCAUUGUCUCCCAGUUUGAGAUGCUGGCCUAUUAUCCCUAAAGACACUUGUCGGGAGAGAACAUUUUAUCAGCAGGAUUAGCAUACAAAGGUUAAGACAGGUUGCCAGGAGAUGACACCUGCUCUAUUAAGACGCACAUUGUUAGGUUGUCUUCAGACUAGAUUUUCCCACCAUCCAUUCAGCACUGGAAAUCCUGCAGAUAUACAAGAUGUGCAAGUGCAAGAGCAAAUAAAGCAAAAUCUAGAAGCAUGUCACAUGACAGAACUUGUUCGAGAUUUUCUACAUCCUGGCGACUUCUACAGGGCUGUACGUAAUAUUGGUAUAAGUUUCUUCUGUGGUGUCCCAGACUCAUUACUUAAAGAUUUCUGUGCAUACGUUGCUUAUAAUGAGAAGGAGUCCCAUCAUAUAAUAACUGCAAAUGAGGGCAAUGCUAUUGGUUUAGCAGCUGGGUAUCAUCUUGCAACAGGCAAUGCCAGCCUUGUUUACCUCCAGAACUCUGGAUUAGGCAACACUGUGAAUCCACUUGUAUCACUUGCUGCCCCAGAAGUAUACUCAGUGCCUAUGCUACUGCUGAUUGGCUGGAGAGGAGAGCCAGGAAAGCGUGAUGAGCCCCAACAUAUGCUUCAGGGGCAGAUUACAUCUCAACUGCUGGACACACUACAUAUCCCAUUUUCGCCACUGCCUGAUUACAUUGAAGGAGCCAAGAAUGCUCUGAAUACAGCAAAACAGUACAUGGAGAACCAUAGCAGUCCUUAUGCACUUUUAGUAAAGAGGCAGACAUUUUUACCAUAUAAACGUCCAAGACCAACUUCGGAAUAUCCAUUGUCAAGAGAAGUGGCCCUUAAGAUGGUUGUAGACUCACUUCAUGACAGUGAUGUAGUUGUCAGCACAACAGGAAUGCUUUCUCGGGAGCUGUUUGAGCAUCGAGUAGCACGAGAACAAGGCCAUGAAAGGGACUUUCUUACAGUUGGAUCUAUGGGACAUGCAUCUACAAUUGCUCUGGGAAUAGCACUGAAGAAACCUAAACGACAAGUAUUUUGCCUGGAUGGUGAUGCAUCAGUAAUUAUGCACAUGGGAGCACUGUCAAUAAUUGGCCAGAUGAGACCUCGAAAUUUGAAGCACAUUGUCUUUAAUAAUGGUGCUCAUGAUUCUGUUGGAGGCCAGCAAACAGCAGCAUUUAAUUCUUGCACAUUCCGUAUUACUGGUAUUGCUGUCAACAGUGGAUACACUCAGGGAAAGGUAGCAGAGACUGCAAAUGAUUUGAUGAGUGGGGUGCAGUGGCUUCAAGAAACUAUUGGGCCAGCCAUGUUGGAAAUAAAAGUCCGCCCAGGUAGCAGAAAGGAUCUUGGUCGACCAACACGAUCACCCAUUCAAAACAAAUUUGACACCUAAAAUUACCGAUUCCUUGUGGUUUAGUGUUGACAGACCCUGCGACGAUGAAAAUGAGAUUGUGCAGCUGGAACAAGAACAUCAAACGUGGCUGAACUCUAUAGCACAGGAAGAUUCUGACUUGAUUCCUAUUGGAAAAACAGCAUCAGAG